CUUCCCCUGUCCUUCUAACGACCAUUACUGGUGGAGUCUUCUGUAUGGUGGGUGUCCUUGUCUUGCAUGAACUGUAUGAAGUGCAGAUUGCUGAGGGUGGUCGUGAUCUUUUGUGUUUAGCGUAACUGGGUGAUGGGGAGCGGAUGCUGUAUGUCUGGUACUCAAAGAGAGGCAGUGUUACUCUGCAAGGCAUCACCCAUCUCUGUAGCAGGUGGAGAACAGACCCUGCUGAGCGAGGAAAGGGAUGAUCCACUGAUACUGAUGUCCAGCCACCAGAUUUGGUCAAUACUUAGGUCAGAUACUUAUCAGGUACUUACAGGUACCAGUGAUGUAUGGUCAAAUGGUUACUGCUCAGGUCAGGUACUUAUAGGUAUCAGCAAUGUACUGUAUGGUCUCGUGGUCAGUCCUUAGGUCAGGUACUUAUAGGUAUCAGUGAUGUAUGGUCUUGUGGUCAGUGGUUGGGUCAGGUACUUAUAGGUAUCAGCGAUGUAUGGUCUUGUGGUCAAUGGUUGGGUCAGGUACUUAUAGGUAUCAGCGAUGUAUGUAUGGUCUCGUGGUCAGUGGUUGGGUCAGGUACUUAUAGGUAUCAGUGAUGUAUGGUCUUGUGAUCAGUGGUUGGGUCAGGUACUUAUAGGUAUCAGCGAUGUAUGGUCUCGUGGUCAGUGCUUGGGUCAGGUACUUAUAGGUAUCAGCGAUGUAUGGUCUCGUGGUCAGUGCUUGGGUCAGGUACUUAUAGGUAUCAGCGAUGUAUGGUCUUGUGGUCAGUGCUUGGGUCAGGUACUUAUAGGUAUCAGCGAUGUAUGGUCUCGUGGUCAGUGGUUGGGUCAGGUACUUAUAGGUAUCAGCGAUGUAUGGUCUUGUGGUCAGUGCUUGGGUCAGGUACUUAUAGGUAUCAGCGAUGUAUGGUCUCGUGGUCAGUGCUUGGGUCAGGUACUUAUAGGUAUCAGCGAUGUAUGGUCUCGUGGUCAGUGCUUUGGUCAGGUACUUAUAGGUAUCAGCGAUGUAUGGUCUCGUGGUCAGUGCUUGGGUCAGGUACUUAUAGGUAUCAGCGAUGUAUGGUCUCGUGGUCAGUGCUUGGGUCAGGUACUUGUAGGUAUCAGUGAUUGUACAGUUUGUGGUCAGUGCUCAGUUGGAUUAUAUCCUCUGCGGUCAGAUUUCAUCUGCUGCAGUCAGUUACAUUGUAUUUGCUGUGGUCUGUUACUUACAGGUACAAAUACACGGCUACCUCCCUUCCUCAUCACACCUCCACCUAUGCCAAUUCUUCAUGCAUCACACCUCCACCUUCCUACGACUUACCAUCUCCCCAUACUGUCACAACUCCCUACACCAUCAUACCUUCACCACCCCUACACCAUCAUACCUUCACCACCCCUACACCAUCAUACCUUCACCACCCCUACACCAUCAUACCUUCACCACCCCUACACCAUCAUACCUUCACCACCCCCCUACACCAUCAUACCUUCACCACCCCCCCCUACACCACAUACCUUCACCACCCCCCUAUACCAUCAUACCUUCACCACCCCCCUACACCAUCAUACCUUCACCACCCCCCUACACCAUCAUACCUUCACCACCCCUCCUACACCAUCAUACCUUCACCACCCCCCUACAUCAUCAUACCUUCACCACCCCCCUACAUCAUCAUAA